AUGAAUAAGUUGCCGGUGUCUCCAGCAUAUGCGCGACUCGGCGCUCCAGACCCCGAGGUCUGCAGCGUGCGGGGAGAUACAGAAAGUGAGAAUGAGGGAUUGCUCGAAAAGGAGGUCCCUCAGCGUCCUCAAGCUCCCAACAGACGAUAUCAACUGGUCCUCUGGCUCAAUGGUACCAUCUUUGUACUGUCGCUGUUUCUGUUCGCCAUGACUGCAAGCAUCAUUCGGGGCAUCAGUGAUCCAAACCAGUUGCUGCGCCAGACCUCUGAAUACUCUCCGAUCUUCGAUCAGCUGGAAAUACCCCUCAUACGCAAGAAAAUGAAUGCAACGCUGUUGGAGCCGGAGCCCCUGCCCAUCUACCGCCAACCUCCGAGCCCCGAGGUGGACGAGGCCUGGAACCGACUCGCAAAUAUCAAGCCCAUUGCCAUCAGUCGCGAUGACGUGGUCAAGCUGGGCAGGGAUCCUGAGCAGGCAGCGAAAUGGCCGGCAAGCUUUGGCUUCGGGUCCGACGCAUAUAUUGGGCGACUCGACGUCUUCCAUCAAAUCCAUUGCCUGGACUGGCUGCGUCGCGAAGCGUACUUUGACCACUACUAUGGGAAGAAGUGGCCGCCGGGAACCCGGCCCUCUGACAUGCAUCGGACGCAUAUUUCCCACUGCAUCUACCUGCUGCUCCAGAACCUCAUGUGCAACGCUAACGUGGAUAUUUACACCCAUUAUUGGGCGGACGCGCAGCUAAACGCUUUCCCCGACUUCAGCGUCAACCACCAAUGUCGGGAUUUCGACGCCAUCUUGCGCUGGCAAGAGGAGAACUCGGUCGAUGUGGACGAAUUCGCGGCCAUCCGCAAGCCCCCCGAUGCAGAGGCCAGGGUCAUGUCACAUCGUUUCAAGGAGUUGUUUGGCUGGUACAAUGCCAAUCCUGACGAUGGCUCAGAUAGUGGGAUCAUCGGAUGA